GUGUGUGUGUGUGUGUGUGUGUGUGUGUGUGCGCGCGCGCGCGCUCUGAGUGAGAAAACACACGGAGACUCAUCUCUCGCGAGGAACGACGCCGUUAUCGAAAUCUCUACAAACAACACGAGAAUUCAUCAUUCACAUGUUGUGAAUAAUGUCUGAACAAGAGUUGGAUGAUAUUGUGCAGAUAACAGUAGAGGACUUCAACCAGGAUGCCCAAACAGAAAUGCUGGAAAAUCAUGAUGAUGAUGAAGAAAGGCCUCAGAAGAAAAGGAGGAAAUUAAGCAGCAGCCAGGAGAAUAACAACAAUUGCCAAGACAUAUCUUUUAUUAAGAAUCUGUUGGUUUCAUUCACUGCAUCAAUCACUCAGAGACUAGAAGGAAUUGAGUCAAAGUUACAGGCUCUGGACACAACAUGCAAGGCCCUUGGACGGAAACUGGACAGCAUGAUGCCCUGUGCAAAAAGUCCUAUCCAGGUCCCUAUGGUUGCAGGGUCUCCUCAGGGGGCCACUCAAACUUGGAACAAAGUGCGAUGUGUUGUUCCUCAAACAAAUGUAAUAGUGAGCAGUGAAAACCCGAAGGGCACUAUCCAAGAAGACACUCCUCUGGAGAACCUACUCAGCAACACGGUGGCAAGGAGGCGACAGAACACAAUCUUAGUAAAGGUUCCUGGUCCUGAGGAAAGCCAGGAAGACCAAGAGAGUGGCUCCGAGGCCAGUGACUCUGUUUCCAAUGGUGGAAAUUCCAACACGCCAAAUGUCACGCUCAUCACACUGAAUUCAGAGGAGGAUUACCCAGCAGGCACCUGGUUAGGAGAUGAGAACAACCCAGAGAUGCGAGUCCGCUGCCCAGUGUCUCCGGCUGACAUGAUUCACAUCACCUCAAACUGUCGCACAGCUGAGAAAAUGGCCCUGACGCUGUUGGACUACCUGUUUCAUCGGGAGAUCCAGGCCAUGUCAAACCUUUCUGGCCAGGGCAAACAUGGCAAGAAGCAGCUGGACCCGCUCAUGAUCUACGGCAUUCGCU